AUGGACGAGGCUCAGGCAGUGCAUUCCAUACUCCACCUCAUUUUCCAUCGCAAUAAGAACCAACAUCACCGAACAAAAUGGUGGAAGUGGUUGUCCAUGUUGAAGCGGGCCACCUUGGAUCUGGCCCAGCCACUCUCGGUGGCCAGCGCUGAAGCCCAGAAGCAAUACCUGGCAGCCCAUCUGAUUCCACGGUGCUACGUGUAUGUCUUGAACCUCAAGCGUAGGGGCGGUACUAAGUGUUGCUCUAGGGCCUUUUCUACAGUCGUGGCGGAUAACCAGUUUUCGACGCUCGGCGUGGUGUUGAUGGCCGCCUUGGCACGCUUGUCGAAAAUCACUGGAAUCAGCCAGGAGAUGAAGAAGCACUCUACAGCAAGCAAGGCCAAGAAAUCCAAUUCCAUGCCCCCGAAAGAAGAUCUGGGAGAACGCAUUCGGCGGGUGGAACCAGCGCCGACUAGUUCGACUCAUCCAGUUCAACUUUCUCAGCCCGACAAGGCCGAGGACAAGCCUGAGGUUCAAGAAAAGCCUGCGGACAAGGCUCGCAGUGCUGAGAAGAGUGCCAAGAAGACUAAGAAGAAGAAGAAGCAAAACGCCAUUGAUGAUUUGUUUAGUGGAUUAUUUUAA